CGCUCUCGACGACCACCGAACGCUACACUCAGACAAAAUGGCCGGCGGUCAGCUCCGCGUCCACAUCACCGCGUGCAACAUCAAGAAGCUCGACGUCAAGUUCUUCAACAUCGAACGGUGUCGGUGCUGGGUCACCGUCUCGCACGGCGACACGAGCUACACGACCAAGGUCGGGAUCGGGCUCGACCCCGAGUGGGAGGAGACGACCGAGUUCACGAUCGCGGACCCGGAGACGGACAAGGUCGAGGCGAAGUUCUUCGUGAAGUGCGAGAAGAACGGCAACGAGCAGCAGCUCGGGGACACGCAGACCUACAAGCUCGACAAGCUCCUCAAGGGGAAGCAGACGUACAAAGGUCUCGUCGUGCCGGGCGGCAAGGCGGACAUGAUGUUCACCGCGCUGGACUUUGGCAACGAGGAAGCGGAUGACGAGGACGACGCGUUCAUGGAUUUCCUUUAAACGACCACGCGCGCUGCGCUGCGCUCCGUUUGCGCGCGCGCGCGCGCGAGCGAGCGAGUGAGAACGACCCUGACGUGGGCCGAACGCCGCCGCCGCCGCCUUCGUCUCCGCGACGAUCGCUCGGCGGAUGAUUUUUAAUACGAAGGAAGGUUGCCAUUC